GACAGAGCCGUGCGCAGCGCAGCGACGGGGAGUAGCCACGUUGACAAGUGAAGCUGCACGGAGGAGGAGUGUCUUGCCUUGGAGUGAGCAAACCUACCAGCUGCCGUCUGUUUUCCGUGCUGGACUCGCGACUGCCCUGUUGGCGGCUGCGGCUCCAGAGCUAACAAUGUCUUCGCCGCCCAAAGUCAAAACAGAAACCCGCGCUGGACAUCCUCCCGCCGUCAAAGCUGGUGGAAUGAGAAUUGUGCAGAAGCAUCCACAUACUCCAGAUACCAAAGAAGACAAAGAUAAAGAUGAACAGGAAUGGGAAAGUGGCACCAGUCCACCUAAACCAACUGUGUUUAUUUCUGGUGUAAUUGCAAGGGGUGAUAAAGACUUCCCUCCAGCUGCAGCACAAGUGGCCCAUCAAAAACCACAUCCCUCUGUGGAAAAACUUCCUCCCCAACAUGUCAAUCAAUACAUCCAUCAGCCCCGUAAAUGAAUUGCUUCUUCCAGACCAGCCCUGGUGUUUUACAAAUGGAAAGAUUAAGAGAUUUCUACUACCAGAUCUUUUAAAAAUGGGUAUCUCCUGCUUUUGCCUUAAUUCCUAUGGUUUAACUUUAAAUGGUUUAAUAAAGGGGAGGGGAGAGUAGAAAGAGGGAAAAUCACUUAAUUUGUUCCCAGCUGAAAAGCAGAAUUUUCUGUACUGCCAUGAAAAAGGUUAUGUUCAUAUCAGUGCAACACACUGCAGAUAGUUUAGGUUAAUAAUUCCUUGGAAUAAUUAUUUUAAGCUUUUUCUAUUCUUUGGGUAUUGGCAUUCCAGGAACAUGUUAAGAAAGUUGUAAUGGCUUAUAACUUUUUCUUGCUCUUUUCUAAUGAAGUUUU